CCACAACCCACUAAAUCAACUUCGUCCCAUGAACAACGUCCCACGGAUAUGUCUCCCCUUCACCCCAACAACACCGCACAAGCACUCGAUCUGAUUCCCUAGAUCUCUGAUUCGCGGCAACGAUAUCUUGGCAGAGACGUUGGAAUAGUACAAGAAUAUGACAGAUAUGGAUGUCGAUUUGAGACCGGAUCGUCGAACCAGCACCCGGAAACCGGCAAGCCCACCCGCAGUGGGCGCUUCAACGCCUACGGCAUCAGCCAGACGCUUCCGCUCGGCUUCUCAAGCCGAGGCUGCUCGGACAUCCAAUGCGUGCCAAAUUUGUCGGGACAAGAAGGUCAAGUGCUCCGGUCAACGGCCUUGCAAGUACUGCUCCAAGCGGGGGCUGGAUUGUGUGUUUUCUGCUUCGGAGAAGAGGAAGUUGUAUUCCAUCUCAUACGCGAGCUUGAGAACAAAGUUGCCUAUUAUGAGCGACGAAGUAGAGAGAAGUCGGCUCCCGAGGUCGCUGCUUCAGCGCAGUUGCACGAUGUCGAAGAUUCUUCGAAUGAGAUCACAGUCAUGCAUUUUGACGACCAGCCAGAUGGUGACAGCACAGUUCCAUCACCCGCUAUACUGGUUCAGCCUGGGCCGACGAUGUCUCAAUCAGCAAUAUCCCCCACCCUCGAAAGAACGAGAACCUCGGAGGUCCAGGCAGGAAGAGCAAUUGCACCCGAGUCCGCCCUCUCCUCGAGCGAGACCUUCGGAUCCGAGAUUAAGACGCUCCUCGUCUCCCGCUCCAACCCCGGCUCAGCCGCCAGCCCGACGUCCACCAUCAACGCCGUGACUCCGCUUCCGCACAUCGAUAGAUGCGCCAUAGAGAUAGCGAUAGGAAACCAGUGGCCGACGGAAGAGGAAGCUCACGCGAUG